AAACAACAAGAACUACCCAAAGAUGGCCCUCACAAAAAUCUUCUUAAUCCUUCUCCUCUCCCUCUUAGGUUUCUACUCUGAAACCGUCAAAUCUCAAAACUGCAAUUGCGCUCCAAACCUAUGUUGCAGUCAGUUCGGUUAUUGCGGUACCACUGCAGAUUACUGUGGUUCUACGUGCCAAUCAGGUCCUUGUAGAGUCGGUGGACCCCCAACCGGUGCUGGUUUGGUUGGUAGCAUUGUGACACAAAAUUUCUUUAACAACAUUAUCAACCAAGCCGGUAAUGGCUGCGCAGGAAAAAGAUUUUACACCCGCGACUCUUUCAUUAACGCCACCAAUACUUUUCCCAGCUUUGCUAAUACCGUUACUAGGCGUGAAAUUGCUACCAUGUUUGCUCAUUUCACUUAUGAGACCGGAAACUUCUGCUACAUAGAAGAGAUAAACGGAGCGUCACGUGUCAUGUGCGACCAGAACAACAGGCAAUAUCCAUGUGCACCGGGCAAGAGCUACCAUGGUCGUGGUCCGCUCCUACUAUCAUGGAACUUCAACUAUGGAGCAUGCGGCCAGAGUCUUGGCCUCGACCUCCUACGCCAGCCCGAGCUGGUGAGUAGUAACCCAGUCGUGGCUUUCAGGGCGGCUCUGUGGUUUUGGAUGAAGAGUGUGAGGCCUGUGUUGAACCAGGGAUUUGGAGCCACCGUAAGAGCCGUCAGCGGUUUCGACUGUGACGGUAGGAACUUAGCCAAUGGGGUUACUGUGGUCAGACAGAUGAUUACUGCGGCAAAGGCUGCCGUACGUGAGGGCCCUUGUCAACGUAGUAGUGAGACCAGCGGCGGCGGCGGAAACAGUGGCGGAGGCGGAGAUGCUGUUUCGCUUGAAGGAACGGUGACACCUGAGUUCUUUAACUCUAUAUUAAACCAAGCAAGAGGUGAUUGUGCAGGUAAAGGAUUCUACUCUCACAAUGCCUUUAUGGCCGCAGCUAAUUCGUACCAGAGCUUUGGUGCUUCCAUCUCCAAACGCGAGAUCGCUGCGUUCUUCGCUCAUGUCACCCAUGAAACAGAAUUCAUGUGUUACAUUGAGGAAAUUGAUGGACCAGCCAAAGCCGAGAACUACUGUGAGAAAGACAACACAGAUUUCCCAUGUGCACAAGGGAAGGCCUAUUAUGGCCGUGGUCCAAUCCAGCUCUCUUGGAACUACAACUACGGUCUCUGUGGCAGAGACCUGAAUGAGAACUUAUUGGCCUCACCAGAGAAAGUGGCUCAAGACCCAGUUCUUGCCUUCAAGACUGCUUUCUGGUUCUGGACCACUAAUGUUCGUGGGAAAUUUAAUCAGGGUUUUGGCGCGACGAUCAGGGCUAUAAAUGGUAUGGAGUGUAGCGGAAGAGAUCCUGCAACUGUCGCCAAAAGGAUUGAGUAUUACCGAGACUAUUGUGUUUUUCUCAUCUACCUCUUCAGUUUCUACUCACAAACUGCCAAGUCGCAGUUCUGCGGCUGCUCUCCGAUCCUCUGCUGCAGUCAGUCUGGUUAUUGCGGUAUUACCGACCAACACUGUGGUUCCGGUUGCAAAUCAGGUCCUUGCAGACAAAGUAGAGAUCCGGUUGAUAAGAUUGUGACACAACAAUUCUUUAACGGAAUUAUUGACACCCGUAAUGGCUGCGCCGGAAAAGGAUUCUACACCCGUGACUCUUUCCUUCAAGCCGCUAAUACUACCUUUGACUUCACUAGCUCUGUUACUAUGCUCGAGAUCGCUAGCAUGUUUGCUCAUUUCACCCACGAGACCGAACGUUUCUGCUUCGUAGAGGAGGUAAACGGGACAUCGCUUGACUACUGCGACGAGAACAACAGCCUAUACCCAUGUGCACCGGGCAAGAGCUACCAUGGUCGUGGCCCGUUCCAAUUAUCAUGGAACUACAACUACGGCACUUGUGGUCAGAGUCUCGGUCUCGACCUUCUACGCCAGCCGGAACUAGUUAGUAGCAACUCAACUGUGGCUUUUCAGACGGGGUUGUGGUUUUGGAUAAAUAGCGUAAGGCCGGUACUGAACCAAGGAUUUGGAGCCACCAUUAGAGCCAUCAAUGCUAUGGAGUGUAAUGGUGGGAAUUUGGGUGCGGUCAAUGCAAGGGUUAGGUACUACACAGACUAUUGUACACAACUUGGUGUGGACCCUGGUUUUAACCUUAGGUGCUAAAAUGCUCUUUAGACGCACAUUUGACGUGACAUGGCACGUAAGUGUUAAAAUGUGUAAUGAGAAGUGAGAUGAUAAAGAUUAAAUUAAUCUCCUUGGUAUGUAGUUCUUAUUUUCGGGAUUUUAUGUUCCCUCUUUCUUCAAAAAAUUGAUGUUUCACUUUUCUUUUUGUUAAUUAAGCAAAAUUUUUUUG